AUGGCAGGGCCAGCCGUAUCGCCCGGUGGCGCUCUGCUCCGGUCGUCACGGAUGUUCUCCAUUCCCAAACCGCUUCCUAUUCCUCCAUCUGCUUCCACCUUCCUGGGCGAGCAGAAGGCUUCUGCCACCAUGACCAAGGCGCAGCCCCGGCACCAGACCAUCACAUCUCCCCUCCGGUCUCGCCAGAAGGGUGAUUGGGGUUUGAAGCGCCCGCUGCCGCUCAAGACGACAAUGGCGACCACGACACCCCUACUCCGCAUCAAUGAGGUCGACACCGUUGAGAACAUUACCGACUUCCACUCCGCUGCCGAUCACUCCCUCUCGCUCGAGAAGUUCCAGGAGCUCCGUAUUCCCAUGUCUAUCCCCAGACGCGAUGGUGAGGUAGCUUCGGCUACGAAGAGGAAGGAGGACAACAUCAAAUCCGUUUUUGAGGAAGGCUCGGAUUUUACAGAUAUCAAGGACACCAGCGUCGACCAUCGUUGGAAGUUCAAGGGUCCCUGGUUGGCCCAGAUGGCCGAUGGAGACUUCCUAAACUACCUGAACAAGAAGGUCCGGCCACAGCGCGCUCAGUUCAGGGCACUGCUGAGGGAGAGGCUGGCUGAGAGACUGACGAGCAGCCAAAAUCGAGCAGCCGUCGAGGCUGGCCGGCCAACGCCGGAGCCUAUCAAGGGCGAGGAUAUCACGGAGGAACAGUUUGCCGACUACAUCCGCUCGUUGCGCAGCGAUCGUGUGACCCUCUACGGCCUCGUGUCCAAGUUCCUUGAUCUCCCUCCCCUCGGCACGCCUAUCGGAUUUGCUCAGAAUAACUUGAUCUUCUCGGAUAGCAACCAGGCGACUGAUAGGGUUACGGAAAGCCCAUAUGGAAAGUCUGGUCCUCCCCCCAGCCAUCCUUCUGCUGGAAUCGGCUACCUACGAACUGGUGCCUUUAUGGAGAACCACGCCGUCUACGGCCCCCAGGCCAAGAAGACGCCGAUCCAGGCCAGAAUUGUUUCACCUAGGAUUGGGCCUUCUCCUGCCAAGCUGGGUGUUGGUGGUUUCGUCUCCACUGUGCCUAUUGGCUCUAACGAAUUCAACUUAAGAACCAACGCUAAAUACAGAAGACCGCUGGCCAAUGGUAUCACCAACCUGGACAUUUCAACAUACGGAGGUGCCAAGGCCUACAUCGAGCCGUUCAGUGCCACCGUGGACCCUGAGGGCAAGGUGGUUGUCCAGGUCCGCGAGACCAGCGCCGAGGCCCAGCUGAUUGCCAAGGAGAUGCGUGGACUCAGCUCCAUCUAUGAUGAUUCCGAGUUAAAGAGAACCAUUCCCGAGCCACAGCCUGCAGAGGAGUAUCCCCAGCAAAGCCUUCACGACCGUGAGCAGGAGGGCUACGCUGAUGAGGCUCCGCGUCGAGACUCGAGGGUGAAGCAAGUGUACGAUCAGCUAAUGUCUGAGGAGCAGAAUAUGUUGAGCAACUCGAGCAGUUAUGGGCUGGACACUGAGCCGCCCUCUGAGCCACCCUCUGAAAAGAAGUGA